AAUUCUUGUGGAACAAACUCUUGAUCUCUCCGCAGCAUAAAGGACGGGUGGGCGCCGACAUGGCCACUCGGGCCGCGCCGGCCAUGGAGCUGCAUGCUUUGGAUCGCUACAAAUUCUCGUGCAGCUACCCUCCACUGUUCCCUGGAAUGGCGUGCCAAGGAACUGGUGACGACCCAGAGGUCCGAGUGCUCAAACUCCAUGACGACCACCACCAGGAGGCGACCCUGUAUCGGCUGCAGAAAGGUUUCAUCCUGCACUUCCGUCUGGGCCCGUCGCUGUUCGGCCGCGUGGUGUCCGUGUUCAGCAACCACCCGGCCUCGGCCGACGAGGAGUUUAGCCGCGACAAGUACCGCCUGCUGCCCUGGAAGUCCGACAGCAAGAUCAUCGACGACACCAGCAUCUUCGUGGAGGUCCCGAUCGUCCGCGCCGGCUCGUUCCGCUACUUCACGCACACAGAAGGCUCGGACCCGAACCCGCGCGGCUCCGGAUACUUCGUGGUGGACCCGACCCUGUCGCGCGGCUCCAACAACGAGGUGUUGGGCAUGGACUGCAUCCUCAGUCAGACGGUGCUGUCCAAGUGUCUGGGUCCGCUGGACCAGUGGGAGGGCCGGCUGGAGGUGGCCCGCCAGACCGGCUACAACAUGGUGCACUUCACGCCCGUGCAGGUCUGA